GUAAAAAGACGAGAACUAGUAGUUAGUAUUGUCGAAGUAGAAAAGUUAAAACACUGUUGUUCAAUUGCCUUAUCGUCUAAAACCCGUAAAAAGCGAAAACUGAAAUCAUUUAGCAGUAGUAAUCGAUUUCCGAAAUGGCUCUUGUUCAAUCCAGAACACUUCCACACCUCAACGUCCCGUUGUCGCCGAUUCUAUCCUCCCUCCAUGCUCCGUCUUCUCUCUUUCUCCGGACGGAAAUCCGACCGGUAGCCUCGCCGUUCUCCUCCUCCACCGCCGGAAACUUGCCCUUCUCGCCGUUGACGCGUCCGCGGAAGCUUCUCUGUCCUCCGCCUCGCGGCAAGUUUGUAAGAGAAGAUUAUCUUGUGAAGAAAUUGUCAGCUCAAGAACUUCAAGAACUGGUGAAAGGAGAUAGGAAGGUGCCGUUGAUUGUUGAUUUUUAUGCGACAUGGUGCGGACCUUGUAUCUUGAUGGCCCAGGAACUAGAAAUGCUUGCAGUAGAGUAUGAGAGCAAUGCAAUAAUCGUGAAAGUCGAUACAGAUGAUGAGUACGAGUUUGCACGCGACAUGCAGGUUCGAGGCUUACCUACAUUAUUCUUCAUAAGUCCUGAUCCAAGCAAAGAUGCAAUCAGGACAGAAGGGCUAAUUCCAUUACAGAUGAUGCACGAUAUCAUUGACAACGAGAUGUGAAGUUUUACCGAGGAAACACUUUCCUGCUCUAUGAUUGAAUAGAAUCGCCGUAAUUUAGGAUUGGUACCGAGUUGUUUGCAUUUGAGAUGUGGUAAGAAUGUCAUCUAGGUUUCAUAGAUGAAUAAUGUAAUAUUAAGACAUUUCUUUAUAUGCAGUGUUAGUUUUGAGCCGUUAAUCUGGCCGGAUCGAAGUUAUGUGGCACAUCUAAAUCACGGUCCGGUCCAUGUAAUAUUGGUUACAAAUAGCUUAAAAAGCCUUUUUCCAUUUCUUGAUUAA